UUUACAAACUCAACACCCUUUAAUCUCAAUCAAAUCAACAAUCGCCGGAACGAUAAUCUACUGGAAUCGAAUUACCUGUUCUAAUUAUUCUAUUCCCUACGUAUUGUGCAGUAGUAAAAUUUAUACAAAUACAUAAUUACAGAAAAUUUAUAUUAAUGUGGUGGAGAUCAGCAUCUUUCAUUCUCGACAAACCAGACAAAGACGACGCCGUGUCGAGCCCAGAGAGCCGUCUCAUAACCUCCCCUCCCCUGUCCAUGGCCGACACUCUUCAAAACCCUAACCCUAACAACAUCUCUGCUUACUACCAGACCAGGGCGGCUCAUCACGGCGUGGUCACGAGCGAUUGGCUCGCUCAGGCUCAGGCUGCAGCGGAGAAAGAGGAGGUUACAUCUGAAAGUUCGCUUGAUUCUGGAAAGGCGUUCAGCGUGAUCGAUGAGUUCAACAAUUGGCGUAAACAGCCUGAUUUGGCGGAGGCGGUUGCGGCGAUUCGGGCCCUGGCUAAGGUUAUUAGUUCGAGUGAGGCGACUACUAUGAUGGAGCUGGAGAUUGAGCUUAAAACUGCUUCUGAUUCGCUCAAGGCAUGGGACACAACAUCCAUCUCUUUGACAGCUGGCUGUGAUUUGUUCAUGCGCUAUGUUACCAGAACUUCAGCUCUGGAAUAUGAGGAUUUCAAUUCAGCUAAAUCACGCCUCCUGGAACGUGCAGAGAAGUUCGGAGAAAUAUCGUACAAGGCCCGUAGAAUAAUUGCCAUGCUUAGUCAAGAUUUUAUAGUCGAUGGCUGCACCAUUUUGGUGCACGGUUUUUCUAGAGUGGUGCUAGAAGUUUUAAAGGCAGCAGCGGAAAGUAGAAAACUCUUUCGAGUUUUUUGCACAGAGGGACGGCCAGACAGGACAGGACUGAGAUUGUCCAAUGAACUAGCUAAGCUGGAUGUUCCCGUGAAGCUUUUACUUGACUCAGCUGUAGCGUAUAGUAUGGAUGAAAUUGAUAUGGUCUUUGUUGGAGCAGAUGGUGUUGUGGAAAGUGGUGGUAUUAUUAACAUGAUGGGAACCUACCAAAUUGCGUUGGUGGCAAAAAGCAUGAAUAAGCCUGUUUAUGUUGCUGCCGAAAGCUACAAGUUUGCUAGGCUCUAUCCCCUGGACCAGAAAGACAUGGUCCCUGCCUUGCGUCCAAUUGAUUUUGGGGUGCCCAUUCCUUCGAAAGUUGAGGUUGAAACAUCUGCAAGGGAUUAUACACCUCCUCAAUAUCUCACUCUACUUUUUACAGAUCUGGGUGUACUAACACCAUCAGUUGUUAGCGACGAGCUCAUUCAGUUAUAUUUGUAACCCCAAUUCUGUUCAGUCUGUUAUAACAAGUGCAUGUUGCAUUGUGGUUCCUUCUCAGUUCUCCGUAGGUCGCGAGCUAGAUCUCAUUCGGCACACAUUUCUUUUCUUCAUUUGUAAACGAUUAAGUUUGCUUCUAUAGUUUUGGGCUUUGCCAAAUUUGUCAAAUAUUAGUUGAAAUUGCUGGAUCAUGGAGUCCAAAUUGUAAUUUUGGGAUUGGGGUUUGUUUUGUA